AUGGCUGCAGUCAACAUGCAGAUCAUGUCCGCCUCAAUCCCCCUCGAUUUUCUUCCAGCUCACUCCCAUUCUCGUUCCAACUCGGUCUCUUCAUCUUCCAGCUCAAGGCCUCAGUCUUCUCAUGGCCUCGCCAGGAUGCAAGCAGGGAUGCCUUCUCCAGAAGAGGUCUAUCGUGCGACCUAUCAUUUGAAUCAGCACAAUCCAGUCCUGCACGGUGAUCCUUCUCCGCCAAACCACAACGUGAACAACCCUGCUUUGAAAAAUCACCUUCGUCCAUCUCACAUCAGAGCGAGAGCUGCUGCUUCGCCUUAUCCAAGAGAUACCGACAGCGUACAUUCUUCUUCGAGCGAGACGGACGAUAUUUCCAUGUACUUGGGCCCAUCUCCCCCUGACUAUCAUAACAUGUACGGUGGCGGCCCUCCAUUGCACACCAUAGCUCCAAGUCAAGAUACUUUACAUGCAGCUGGAGCAUUUGGGAGGAUGACUCUGAAUAACGACCAAGCCCUGGAAAAGUUGGCCGCUAACGUUAACGCAGCUACUACCACCAGCGCUUCUGACAGGGCGAAACAGAUUUUUGUGCAGGCCUGGUUGACUGCCAAUUAUGCUCCAUAUCCUGAUGGAAACGUUCCUAGGCAAGGCCUUUAUUUCUCUUACCGCCGAGUCUGCGAACAGUAUAAUAUUCCCUCCAUUAACACUGCGACGUUGGGCAAGGCUAUUCGACUAUGCUUUCCCACUAUCAAAACAAGACGACUCGGUGUCAGAGGGAAUAGCAAAUAUCAUUAUUGUGGUAUACGGCCUGCAACGUCAGCGGAAGCAGAGUUCCUUCAAAAUUAUAUUCACAAAUCCAACAACCACGCGGGUCAAUCUUCUGUGAAUGCAGCUGCACGAAUGGCUCAGGAGCAGUCCUCCGAGUCAUCCCAAAGGAGGAGUGAAGAGCGCUCAGACGAGGACGAUGACGAUGACUCUGAAGGCGCCAGCUCUUCCAAGAGGAACUCUCUCACACUAGGAGCCCCUGAUGCCAAAUCCAACGCUUUUCCCGACUUGAGUGACAAAACACCAACUGCCCAAACGCUAUUGUCUCAGGUCCAAUCGCACCUCCGGCCCACGAAUAGCACAUUCCCUCCUCAGGCCUCCAUCAGGCGUCAUCCUCAGGUCGAAUCAUCGCUUCCCGCUCAGCCUAGUGGGGCUUCCUCCACUAAUCCUACCCAGUACCUAAGCAGCCAACAGGCUGUUUCCGUCCGGCAAUUUCCUCAUUUCCCCUCGAUUGAGGAGGCUGUGGGUGCAAGCUCCACUUCUCCGCAUGGUAUAGCGGCUCGAGAGGUCUGGGGCUGGUUUCAAGAUCACCUUGAUCUUUUGUUAGAGAAUGUGAGGACAUUCCGUUUUGAUCAAUUUGAGAUCAAUUUGCGAACGUUCUGGUCGAGUUUGGGGGGAAAUCAUAGAGAAGUCGUACAUGCUCCCGCAAUUGCCGGUCUAAUGGCGAAAGCUGAUGCCAUUGUUUAUGAUGAAAUAUUGGAGUUCCUGCGGUCACAAAUGCUCUCGCCGAUACCCACCACUUCCUUAACAAACCUUCGUCAAUUCGCGCACAAGAUGGAAAAGAUUUUGUUGGUUGCUUUGAAUGAUUAUGGGAAUACCUUUGUGGAACCUAAAGUGGAAUUAGGCGCUCGAUUCGGACAUCUUGUUCUACGAUUUUUAGACAUUUAUCAAGUCACUCAAGCCCUCAACACUGUUCUGACGAACCAGAAGCAGCUGGCCGAAAUGCGUAGGUCCUGGCAAAAAGUCGACUUUGAGUCCGUCCGAAAUCAAUCUGCCUUGGUCUGCAAUUGCCGCCAUGAAGAUUUAGUACAGCUUCUGGAGAUGGAGUUUGUCGCGAUGAUGGAUAGUCUUUCCAAGACGUCUGAACCAGUCAGAGAGGUGAUGAGUUGGGCAGACAAGUGCUGCGACCGAUUGAUGGGAAGUGUUAGAGGAAAUCAUGGUGGGGAAGAUAGGAGUACAAUGAGCUCGCGGAGCGUUCUCAUCCGUUGGGGUUAUGUUACGAGUCAGGUAAUGAGAGAUCUGACAAUCCGGAGCGACCCUGCUUUUGGGGCUUUCCAGAUAUUGAAAUUGUUUUUAGAUGAUUGGAUUGCGGUAAAUGUUCUCAGAAGCGUGGCCCUUUCGACAAAUUCCGUGGCGGCAUCGGUUGAACCGAUGAUGCAACAACAGUUCUUCUCAUUGUCGCCGAUGGCAGGCCAGGAAAGCUUCAAUUCCAUCGACGUCCGUCCACAGCACUUAAUGGCUCAUACACCCACGACGUCGAGCAUGCUCGCUGCCCUUCAAAAUGACCCAUUCCCUGCUGGUUCCAUCGACCCAUCAGCUUCAUUCAACUCCGAUGGUUAUGCCGGGCUCUCAUAUAUGGACACGUCCCCAUCAAAUGAAACCUCACUCUCGAAUGUCCACUCGUCUGAACUUUCCAGUUUCGACUUUCCACCCUCAGGAAACUUCGAUGUUGGAUUCUCGACACAGGAAAUGAAUAUGCAACCUUCCGCAACACCGGGAAGCGAGUCGGACCACGAACCCGAAGUAAAAACGGAGUGA